AUGGCUGUAACGGGCAAACGUGGUGUAGGUAUUCCAACAAUCUUACUACACGACGGUGAGGGUACUAUUGUUUCCAUCGAGAUGAAAAAUGGAGAGACAUAUCGUGGUUUAUUAGAUGAAACAGAAGACAAUAUGAAUUGUGUUAUGAAAGAAGCUGUACGUACUGAUAUUAAUGGCAACACGACUCAAGUCGAGCAAGUUUAUCUACGUGGGAGUCAAAUUCUCUUCAUUGUAUUUCCAGAUAUGUUAAAACACGCUCCGAUGUUUAAACGAGUCAAGAUGUGGAAGAAACACAAGGGAUCAAUACCUACAUUAGGACAAGGAGGAGUUGGAGGUGGUGCGCCAAGAGGUCAAGCCGCUGCAAUCAUUCGAAAGGCCCAAGAACGGAGAGGGGGGAUUUUGAGAGCCAUGUCGGAGAAAAGUGGUGCUGCAAGCUACAGACAUGCCUCGCCAAAGUCACGGUGCAGCUUUCCAGUAGCAGAACCGGAACACUACGGCUGCAGUAGGGCAGAGAAUUUGCUAUUGCUAACCAUUUAA